AUGAAUCCAAGCAACCGGGGAUUCGGUGGCAAACACCAUCAAUACUCGCGUCUGUGGAAGUCCAAGCAAAACCUCUAUAAUAAAGAGAAGGAGUUGAAUAAAAAAAUACUUCGCUACCCUAAAAAAGGGAUGAAUCAACUCAAAGAAGUGAGAAGAGAGAGAGGAGAAACAUGGAGUAAAAGACAAGUGCCAAACAAGGGGAUGAGAAAGAGUCUAAAGCCGGCUGAUCGAUACUCCCUAGUUGAGACCACACCUUUAGAAAUGAAAGGAGUCAAGGGUGGCGAAUUGGAUUGUCCAAGGAGAGGUGGACCGCUUUGGGAAAAUCGCAAAACUCAUGAACGAAGCUUCGGAAGUUUGGCCGCGCGGAGGAGUUCCCGACGUCCAAAAGUUACGAUCUUGAUAUGGAAAGAUAGAUACUUGAGUCAUGCAUCACGUCGAAGUGGAAUGAAGCCAUUUGGAUCAACUAUGAGGCCGGAACUUAUUUUCUACCGAGACAUGUCCGGUAAGCGAGCAAACGAAGCCCAUGGAGAUUUGGAGUGUCUAAUGGCCCGAGCAGCAGCCCAAGGCCUUGAUCGAAUAGAGAAGAGGCCUGGCUAA